GGAGACGAAGCUCCAGACUACGACGACUCCGUCGAGGAGAGCUGGAAGACGUCGCUGGAGGCGCACUCCGCGGGGGCCUUCAUGGCGGACUUUGAGCUCGACCUCGGCUCCGACGGCGCCGCGGCGUCCUUCAACGACAUGCGGUCGCGAGAGGGCGUCAGCGACGCCGGACGCGCCCUCUACGUCGCCUGGGAGGCGUGCCGGCGUCUGGUGAACGUGAGCACGCCGGUGCCGCGGAAGGCGUCGCGGUGCAUCGCCCUGACCGCGGCCGAUUACGGUCACGUGGUGCGAGCGCCGUACCUCUUCGCGGCCCUGACGACCGCGAGGCUGGUCCAGGUCAAAACCAUGAUCGGCGGCGUCGUUCGAGAGUUGAUCGCGAGCAUCGACGGCUCGCGUUGGAUGCCCCGCAGGCUCCGGGAGGACCUGAAGAGCAGGGUCCGUCGCAUGCGUUGGAUGUUGGGAUACGCGCCUCGCCUGGACCAGUGGAGCGGAUUGGACAGGUUCUACCGCGGGUACCCGUCCGCAACGGGAGUCUUCGCGGCCGACUACUUGGCCUCGAGGCAGGAGCGCAUGCGCCGGUUCCUGCAGUCCCUGCACGACGACGACGCGGACACGCGGUUCGCCUUCGUCGAGCAGCCCCGGACCGAGCCCACGUACGUGUCCUCGCAGAACAGGGUCGCCCUGCCGGCGGCGUCCAUGCUCGCGCCCCUGUUCGAAGAGCGGAGCCUGCCGGAGGUCAACUACGGACUGCUGGGUUCCGUGCUGCUGAGGGUCAUGACCCGCGCCGCCAUCGACGAGAUCGACGCCAGGCACGUCGGCGAUAACCAGGACGCUUGGAGCCAGCGCAGUGCGAAGCAGUUCGUCGAAAGGGACGUGGUGGAGCGUGCCAGCGACUGGUACCGGCAGAUCUGCGGCUACCGUGUGGUCUCCAUGGAGACGGUGCAGUUCAAGUUCAGGGACAGGGAUCCGGCUUCCUCUUCCUCUUCAGGGGAAGCGAAGGCAUACCGUUCUUCCCGUUCGGACGAAGAGCGCACAAGCCUGUCGGCUCAGAAGCACUACUACGGCGACGGGCUCAGGGUGUGGCUGUUCCCUUGCGAAGCACACAUCAACGGCGGCGUGGAGCUGGGCUACCUCGACGUAGAGCCGCAGCUGGUGGAGAAGCCGGCCGGCUGCAUCCGUUACGAGACGGUGCCCGACCUGCUGGAGAGAUUCAACGCCGAGCAGGCGACCGGCGCGAGGCCCGUCCCGGGCAAGGUCAUCGGAGUCGAGUCGCGCGACGUGCACCAACCCGAGAAGAUGCGCCGCGACGUGGCCCAGGGGGACGGUUUCGGCUACUUCCAACCCUUCAGCCUGCGCAUCUUCUUCUACAGGGGCCUGCCCACUCGAGAAAGGAUACAGGUGCGCGACGUGGUGCCGAAGCCGCUGGACGACUACGCCUUCGAGGACUUCACGUGCGUGCUCAAGCGGGCCUCCCAGUGGCUGCAGAGCGAGAGCCCUCUCAAGCUGUACAACCUGCAGACGCUCUUCGUCAAGGCCAAGAUCGACGUUCCUCCGGGCACGGCACUUUCCCGCAAGGUGCGCACUCUGGUUCGCUACCUGAAGGUCCUGCGCAUCGUGUACAGCACGUUCCCCGAGAGUGCGGCAGAGUUCGCGAGCCUGAUCUUUCCCCGCUGCCUGUCGCACCACGUGUUCAUGCCCGCCCUCAGCCGCGACGGCCGCGACCUGCCCGUCGCCGAGGCCAUCCGCGCGCUCAAGGCUAACAUGAGCCUCUGGAGCGUCGCCCUGCGCGGCAAUGUCCUGUGUGCCGAGUCGCUGACCGUGGACUACGACCCAUCGGGGCGGGGACCGAGCAAGAUCAACGCGUCGGCGCCGAGAAAGUCCGAGAUCAUGGCGGCCACCAACGCCAGUGGCGCCGCGGAACGGCGAGCACGCGUCGUGCUUUACUUUCGCGUCUACACGGAUGCGCCCGCGCCUCCCGAGAAGGCGGCCACCGCCCCUCCUGCAUCCGUGGUCAUCAGCCGGCCCCGCCUUAGCGCAAGCUCCACACUGUCCAGCAGAAGCGCAGCUGUUGAGAACCGGAAGUGCCGCAUCAUGUGACGUGGGUAACGUGCCCGUCUACUCGAGCUUCCCGACUGACACGUCACUCGACAGCGCCUGUGAGGUCUCUUUCUUGCCUUGGUUGAAAUAAAGCUGCUUCA